AAAUAGAUUAUAUGGACUGUAUUCAUAGUUUGUAAAUUGACAUGCAACCUAACACAGAAAGGGAGAGAAAGAAAUCAAAACUCAAGAGAGACAAAGUUUGUAGAUUGAUAUGCAACCUACUAGAGAAAGGGAGAGAAAGAAAUCAAGAGAGGGGAAACAGAGAGACAGAGAGACAGAGAAACAAAGAGAAGAAAGAGAGAGAGAGAAGAAAUGGAAGGCGAGAAAGGGAGAGUGUGUGUAACAGGUGGGACAGGGUUCAUAGCCUCAUGGCUCGUCAUGAAGCUUCUGCAACACGGUUACUCUGUUAAUGCUACCAUUCGAUCUCACCCUCAGAGCAAGAAAGACGUUAGCUACCUGACAAACCUUCCGGGAGCAUCGGAAAAGCUCCGAAUCUACAACGCAGAUCUGAGUGAUCCCAGCAGUUUUGAAGCAGCCAUUGAAGGAUGUAUCGGGGUUUUCCAUGUUGCUCAUCCCGUAGAUUUUGAGGACACAGAACCAGAGGAAACUGUGACCAAAAGAUCGGUGGAAGGCACUUUAGGCAUUUUAAAGGCGUGCCUGAAUUCAAAGACGGUGAAGCGAGUUGUGUAUACUUCCAGUACAGCUGCUGUUGUGCUCAAUGACAAGGGUGGAGACAUAAAGGAUGAGAGUUCAUGGACUGAUGUAGAUUUCCUCAAGGCUCUCAACUACUGGGGCCAAUCAUACAUGAUUUCCAAGACAAUAACCGAAAGGUCAGCGCUUGAUUUUGCACAAGAGCAUGGAUUGGAUCUGGUGACUGUGACUCCUUCUUUUGUUGUGGGCCCCUUCAUUUGUCCCCGGUUCCCUGGAUCGGUGAACACCGCACUGGCUCUGGUCUUAGGUGACCAGCAACAGUAUCAUGUUCUUAUGAACAUAUCAAUGGUGCACGUGGAUGAUGUAUGCAGUGCACACAUCUUUCUUCUGGAAUGCCCAGAUGCAAAAGGCAGAUAUAUUUGUUCAUCAGACAGACUGACACUGAAUGAGAUGUCUGAGUUUCUUUCUGCCAAGUACCCACAACUUCCAAUACCCACUAUAGAUUCUUUGAAGGAGGUUCAAGGGUAUGGAACACCUGGCGUCUCGUCAAAGAAGCUAUUGGAUACUGGUUUCAAGUAUAAGUAUGGGCUGGAUGAGAUGUUUGAUGAAGCAAUUCAAUGCUGCAAAGAGAAGGGGUUUCUCUAGUCCUUGUUUGGCAUAAGCUCUUAAUAAAUAGAACUGCCAGUUUGAACGUUACAUUUGAGGUGUGUUUUGCAUUGCUAGUUGGAGUUUGUUUGGUAGUGAUGGUAAUAUUUUGUUUAAUAUUUCAAUAAAAUACAAAGUAUAAUAUUAAAAAUUAUAUAAUAAUAUGAUAAUAGUGUGAUUUUAAUUGUAUUUGGGCUUGAGCCCUAUCUCACCCUUAAUUAAUACAUAUACACAUAGUUGAGUGA